AACCCGCGUCCUUUCCUUGGUGCGAUUCCGUCCUGCGCGGCCGCGUUCGGGGCCGGUGCCUAACUCAGCCUCCGUCCGCCUUCUCUCCCGCCGCGUGCGAGGCCGCACCCCAUGGAAGACUCGAUGGAUAUGGACAUGAGCCCCCUGAGGCCUCAGAACUACCUUUUCGGCUGCGAGCUAAAGGCCGACAAGGACUACCACUUCAAGGUGGACAACGACGAGAACGAACACCAGCUGUCCCUGAGGACGGUCAGCCUCGGGGCUGGUGCCAAGGAUGAACUGCACAUUGUUGAAGCAGAGGCCAUGAACUACGAAGGCAGCCCCAUCAAGGUCACGCUGGCCACCUUGAAGAUGUCUGUCCAGCCGACAGUUUCCUUGGGGGGCUUUGAAAUCACACCACCUGUGGUCUUGCGGUUGAAGUGUGGUUCGGGUCCUGUGCACAUCAGUGGACAGCACUUAGUAGCUGUGGAGGAAGAUGCCGAGUCAGAGGAAGAUGAGGAGGAAGAUGUGAAGCUGCUCAGCAUCUCUGGCAAACGGUCCGCCCCUGGGGGUGGGAACAAAGUCCCCCAGAAAAAAGCAAAACUUGAUGAGGAUGACGAGGAUGACGACGACGAAGAUGAUGAAGACGAUGAUGACGAUGAUGAUUUUGAUGAUGAAGCAGAAGCAGAAGAAAAAGUUCCAGUAAAGAAAUCAGUUCGUGACACUCCUGCCAAAAAUGCACAGAAAUCCAACCAGAAUGGGAAAGAUUCGAAGCCUUCAACACCAAGAUCAAAAGGUCAAGAGACCUUCAAAAAACAAGAAAAAACUCCAAAAACACCAAAAGGACCUAGUUCUGUAGAAGACAUUAAAGCAAAAAUGCAAGCCACUAUAGAAAAAGGCGGCUCUCUUCCCAAAGUAGAAGCCAAGUUCAUCAAUUAUGUGAAGAACUGCUUCCGGAUGACUGACCAGGAGGCUAUUCAAGACCUCUGGCAGUGGAGGAAGUCUCUUUAAGAAAACAGUUGAAACCGUUUGUUAAAAAAGUUUUCUGUCUUAUUUCAUUUCUGUAACAAUUGCUAUCUGGCUGUCCUUUUUAUAAUGCAGAGUGAGAACGUUCCCUGCCGUGUCUGAUAAAUGUUGUCCAGGUUCCAUGGCCAAGAAUGUGUUGUCCAAAAUGCCUGUGUAGUUUUUAACGAUGGGACUCCACCCUUUGCUUGGUUCUUCUAAGUAUGUGUGGAAUGUUAUGAUGGGACACAGUAGUAUUGGUGGUCAGACAGAUGGAAGUGGUAAGGAGACAAAAAUAUACAUGUGAAAUAAACUCAGUAUUUUAAUAAAGUUA